AAUUCAAGCACAAUUUUUAUUUUUUACACAGAUUUUUUAACACUUUAGAAGUUUUGUCCUUGUAAGUAGUGUACUGAAAUUUUUCUGAAUUGUCUAGGGCCUGCUUUCUAACUUUGGUACUUAAGGAAAAAAUAGGGUAAUAUGAGGGAGGAUUUGAGAAAAGGGAAAAAUGCACUUUCUUCACUGUGAGUGGGAUUUUUUGAAUGUUGUUUUGAUUGCCAUUUUUUAUUGCCUCUGCUGUCUCGUUAAAAUUGCUGUCUUAUUAUGUCCGAUGAUUUAAAAAAAAAAAAAAAACGGCCCCUUUUAGGGCCAACUUACAUUAAUACUGUUGACGACUUGGAACGAAAUUCAGCUAAUGAUUUUUUGGAUGUGGACAAACCUAUGGUUUCUUAUACUGAUGCUGGCAAUAUGGAACGGAAUACGGACGAUGAUUUUUUGGAUAUGGACAGUCCUAUUGUUUCGCAAAAUGUUGCUGAUGAUUUUGUGCUUAUUGAACAAAGUGUUGAUCAGGAGCCACAAGCAGUCUUGAAUAUAGUUCUUGCAGAAAGAUGUUUAAAAAUAGAAAAAUUUUACGAAAAUGUGCUUAAAUUUCAUUUGGCUGAAAUUCAAUCUCUGUGUCCUUCAUUAAAACAAGGUAAAGUUUUUCAAUUCCCUUGAUAUAUGUGUUCAAAACAAUAUAAUGAUAUUUGCAAUCUACGUCUUCAAGAAAAAACUGCUCAUGGAAUUAUUGAUACAAAAUCUGAUGAUUGCCCCAUGUGUAAUUUUACGGGAUCAAAGAAGGAUUUGAAAAUACAUUUUGAAGCAGAUCACGACAUUAAUAUUGAAGAAGAAACUCUUCAAUUCGAAAGUGAAAGUGACUUUGUAGCAUGGAAAGCUAAACUGGAGAAGCUUUGUUAAAGAACAUGGUGUUGCCCAUGCUACUGCUGGUGUGGAAAAACAGUUCUUCAUUUGUAACAGAUCUGGUUACUAUAAAUGUAAAGGUAAAAGGCUGAGACACUUAAAAAUGCAAGGCAGUAGAAAAAUAAAUGGCUAUUGCCCUGCUGGCUUCACUGUGAAUAGUUCCGCAGGUGGGUGCCUUGUAAAAUAUAUCAAAAUACAUAUUGGCCAUACAAAUGGAAUUGGACAUUUGUCAUUAACCGAAGAAGAAAGAAGUUUCUUUGCUGCUAAAAUUGCAACAGGGACUUCAUUUAAUAAAAUUUUAGAUGAUGUUAGAGACAAUAUCCCUCCAUCUAGAAUUAAGCGAGUUCAUUUGCUAACAAAUAAAGGCCUGCAUAAAAUUCAAAUGGAAUUUAAAGUUGAAGCUUGUGGUCUUAAAAGUGAUGCCGCAAGCAUUGAUCUUUGGGUGAAUCACAAAGAUAAUAAAGAUGUCUUAUUUUAUAAAUUUCAAGAGAACGAUUGUCCGAAGCAUCAAAAUUUUCAAAGUGAUGAUUUUGUGCUUAUUAUUAUGACUGAGGCACAGAAAGAAAUGCUAACUAAAUAUGCUCCUGAAUGCAUAUGCAUCGAUUUUCAACUGUCAACAUUGCUAGUCCUCAUUGACAUGAGGCAAGGACUUCCAUGCACCUUCACGAUUUAAAAUCAAGAUUCAUGUUCUGUAUUUUUUAAUGAGAUUAAGGAAGUUGUAGGGGAUAUCUCAACUGCAAUUUUUAUGCCUGAUAUGGCUGAAACAUAUUAUAAUGCUUGGUUAUCAACAUUUGACACUAUCCCUACUAACAGACUAUUGUGCCUGGCAUGUUGAUAAUGCCUGGAGGAACAAUCUUCACAAAAUUAAAAACCAAGAUUUACGUGUUUUUGUGUACAAAAUUUUAAAAACUUCGAUUUACAAAAUUGAUAUAAAUACAUUUGAAGUUCUGCUAAAAAACAAUAAAGAUAUGUUUUCUUUAAGUGAUGAUUUAAAGCAGUUUGGAGACUACUUUUUUCAGUAUUAUGGAAAUAAUUCCGCGUGCUGGGCUUAUUGUUAUAGAACAAACCUGGGAAUCAAUACCAACAUGCAUCUUGAAAGUAUGCACCGGACACUGAAAUAUAUUUAA